CCGCCUGCGCCUCCGAGGCGCGCCCUAGAAGCCGGAGCGGCCGCGCGGCGCCGCCCCAGGCCACCGGCGAGCGCUGGGCACCGCGAGCCCGGAGCCGGCCGGCCUCUGAGAGCCCGGGAGGCGGUGGGAGCGCGGCCGGAGGAGGCGGCGGAGAGAGCCCGGGCCUGGGGAGGGCGCCGGGCGCGAGCAUCCUGCGCCGCGGCAUCCGAGGCUGCUUGGCGGGAGACAAAGCCUCUGGGAGACGCGCUAUGCCCGCCGCGCGCAGCCCCGGCCCGCGAGGGCGGGGAGCCCGCGGCGUCUGAGCGCGCCGAGCCGUGCGCCCCGGGGACGCCGCGGCCCGGGCGGUGCGGGCGGGGCCCAGGUGCGCCCGGCCGCGUCGGGCCCGUGACUGCUGGGGGGCGGCGCCCUCCCGCCGCAGCCGCAGUGGCCGGCGCCGCAGCGAGGAGCCAUGGGCAACAUCUCUUCCAACAUCUCGGCCUUCCAGUCCCUGCACAUCGUCAUGCUGGGCUUGGACUCGGCCGGCAAGACCACGGUGCUCUACCGGCUCAAGUUCAACGAAUUCGUGAACACGGUGCCCACCAUCGGCUUCAACACCGAGAAGAUCAAGCUGAGCAACGGCACGGCCAAGGGCAUCAGCUGCCACUUCUGGGACGUGGGCGGCCAGGAGAAGCUGCGGCCGCUGUGGAAGUCCUACAGCCGCUGCACCGACGGCAUCAUCUACGUGGUGGACUCGGUGGACGUGGACCGGCUGGAGGAGGCCAAAACGGAGCUGCACAAGGUGACCAAGUUCGCCGAGAACCAGGGCACGCCGCUGCUGGUCAUCGCCAACAAGCAGGACCUGCCCAAGUCUCUGCCAGUGGCCGAGAUCGAGAAGCAGCUGGCGCUGCACGAGCUGAUCCCGGCCACCACCUACCACGUCCAGCCGGCAUGCGCCAUCAUUGGCGAGGGCCUCACCGAGGGCAUGGACAAGCUCUAUGAGAUGAUCCUGAAACGCAGGAAGUCCCUGAAGCAGAAGAAGAAGCGGGCCAGAAGUUCCGACUGCCCCACCCCCGCGGGGGGAUUGCACCUGUGAAUUCCUGAGGUAUGCAUUCCCGGAACCCUGAGUGCACCCACCUGGAGGGGGGCUUGCUGGCGGUGGGGGUUCCGGGGAGAACACCUCUUCUUGCUUUGUGGGGCUGUGGAAGCUGAAUAAUUUUAUGUCACAGGGCAGGCCCCUGUUGAAAUUUCAUUUGUUCUGCUCUGGGCCCAAAUGCGGUGGUGCUUUGGGCCAUCAGAGGACUGCCGGGGACAAUGCAGCAGCCAGGGGGCACCGGGCGCUGCGCUGGCCUUGGCUGGGAAUGGCCUCGAAGAUGCCCCUUUUCCUGGUGCUUUGUGGUGGCUACAGAAGACCAGUUUUGUUGAGAACUGCUUCCAGCCUGGAAUCCGACAUCUUCCAGAUGGUUUGGACCUUGUCCAUGUGUAGGUCAUGAUCACACAAAGAGACCAAUAAAAAUUAAAACAACAAAAAACUAAUGGAGGUGGUGACAAAUGAUACAUUUACUGUCUGCAGGGUAGUUAAAGGUGUUUAAAGGGUAAGGCUCUUGGCGUAAAUUCUGGAUGGAAUGUGUGUGUGCCUGUGUGGAUGCAGGGACCUCCCUGUGUACUGUGUAAUCAGCGUAAAUACCUAGACCCAUAUGUGUGGAAUUUUAAAUUCUCUUAGCCUAUUGAUUGGGUUAGAUGAGCACACCAGCUGCAGAUGUGUGCUGAAUUGCAAGAUGGUUGUUUUUUUGGUUUUUUGGGUUUUUUUGCAAGAGGUGUCUCUUGCAAUGCUCACCGCCUGAUGAUGGGUUUUCAGACAUGUUUAAGGAAAAAAAAAAACCUUGACAAAUGAAUACUCAUCUUAGAAAAUACUCACCUUAGGAAAAAAGACUUUGCUCUGCCCUUUCUAUCCCUUUAUGGCAAGUGGUGACAUGUUCCGAAUUCUAAUUUGGUUCCUUGUGGCCUAUCUGGUUUAAGUAUUUCAUUAAAAAUGUCUCCUUAGAGUAUUUGAUGUCACGCACCAAAAAAUAAAACCCCACCUUGUUGCAAAAGCCGACCUCGUUGCAUGGAUUUAAAAGGGAAGGGAAAACACAAGGAUGAAGGCCUUCGGAAUUCAUUCUUGUGGGAACUGGCCUUCCUAGCCAGCCAGCACUUUGGACAAAUGCAAAGAGCAGUGAGUGCUUGAGAUAAAGGAAAGCGUGUGACGUAAUGGUCACUGGAACUCAGGCACUUUACAGUUUACUCGAAAGAGGCUUUGGAAAAUAGAUAAAGUGAAAGAAGAAUAAAUACAUAUUUUUAAUAAUGUAAUUUAAAAAAUCCUUUAUAAUCAGGACUGAGUCUUGGUUUGCAGAAGCUGUCCUUUACACCGCAACACAGUAUCAAAAAGGAAACUUAAAACUUACUGUUUGAUUUUUGUUUUUCCUUUUAGAAUCCAUGUUUUCAGGUAGAAUUAUGAUUUCCCCCUGCUGUCACACAUUUCUUUACAAAGGAGACCCAUAGGGAUUGGACACAAUCAUGCUUGAGCAUGUGUCCAAUCUAGUCAAAAUAUAGGUCUAUACCUAUUGUCCAUUACACUAUGAAAUUAAAUUUAAGAACCAGAGGCAGAAAUCCUGGCUUCCUGCUUGAAACCCAGUUCUUGUAUGAAAUCUUGUGAAAGGAGAAACCUAGCAGCCCAUCUACUUUUUCUCUUUUGUUAGUAGAUUUGGUACCCCUCCAAUGCUGGUCUUUUUGUAGAAACUCCGUAGAGAAAGUAUAGCUAGAGAUGUUGAAAGCCUGCAAGAUUUCAGUUUACAUAUCGACAGCCUAUUCACUGAUUUCUAAAUGGGCUGGUCCCAUCAUCUGAAGAUUCUGUAUAGAAUUAUUAAAAACAAAUCCAUCUUUCUUUAUUUUCUUCACAUGCAACAAUUUCUUAAGCACUUUGACAUUUUGGUAGUUCCACACUAUUGAAAGAAUAAUAUAUUUAUUUUGUGACAUUGCAGAUGCCAAAUACUGUAACCUCCUUGUGCUGACAAUACUUAGGUUCAAGAUCACUGUUCAAAUCCUGUCAUGCUUUAAAAACGAUGCAAGAUGAUUUUGUUUUUUUUUGCAUUAUCAAUACUUAAGGGUGCAAUCAACUGUUAGUAAUUGUGCGGUAAAGUAAAGCCCUGUGGUGUAUCAACUACUAGUUAAGAGUCUCAGUUGAGUUCUGUAAUGUUUGACCUGAUACUAGCCCGUUUUGUCUCUGACCCAACAGAGGAAGCACAGAUUAAAUCACCCUGGAGUAGUAAGGGGGAGGGCGUGCCCCCAGGGUCCAUCCGUGAUGUAUUAUGCCUUCUGCCCUUUGGAGAAUGAAUGGGUUUCACAUCAAGGAAGCUGGCCUCCCCAAGGUAGCUUGUGAAAUGUUUUCUAAUGGACACAGGGAGGCCAAUUUUGUUUCAGAACAAUUUUCUUCACCAAUUCUCUGUUACGCUGUUGGGACUGUGUCCCCUGGUUUCAGGUUUCCUUUCUACUGCUGUAAUUCUCUGUCUCGAUCGUCCUCCUCUUUUGUUUCCAUAGCCUUUUAUAAUGCAUAUACGAUGCUGUGAACAGAAAUAAAUUAUUUAUACAAUCAAA